AUAGGGACAAGUGUAAUGAGACUUUCCCAUGCGUUUCGCCAACCUGUGAAUCCAACUCAAGACCUUUCGGUUGUAAGUCACACAAUGGGUGACUUGGCUGCUACCCUCGGUGUGAGUCUCAUCAGAGUUGGGGUCUGCUUGUAUGAUUUUGUCACCUACCCAAUCUAUGCUGUUAUUCAGCAACCAUGGAAAGGCAGGAAGUUGAUAAAUCGUGAAAGGGCUGUGCAAGUUCCUGUAUCAGAAGGGCUGUGCUAUCAUAAUAGUGAUUCUCCUAAUGCAUUCCAAGUGGAACUUUCUAAGGCUGGAAUUGACACUUUAGAGAAGGCCCUCUCCUAUGCUUGCAAGAAACAUGGUAGCAAAAAAGCACUCGGAACGCGGAAGAUAUUGCGAGAGUUUGAAGAGGUUCAAAAGAAUGGAAGGGUGUUUAAGAAGUAUGAACUUGGAGAUUAUUUUUGGCUCACAUUUUCUGAGGUUGAUGAGAUGGCUCGAAAUUUUGGCAAAGGUUUACGUGCCGUGGGACACCAACCCAGGGAGAAUAUUGUAAUAUUUUCAGAGACAAGAAGAGAAUGGCUAAUAUCUGCAAUAGGCUGCUUUAAACAAUGCAUUCCCGUGUGUACACUGUAUGCUACACUUGGAGAUGACGCAGUUAUACAUGGUAUAAACGAAACUGAGGUAACUCAUGUCAUUACUUCUCAUGAAUUGCUGCCCAAGUUUAAGACUCUCCUCAUUCAUUGUCCAAAAGUGACACACAUAACAUAUUUCUGCGAUCAGCUCAAACCCACGGUCCUCACUGGCUACAAAGAUAACAUACACUUUCAUUCCUUUGAAGAAAUUGUUAAGAAAGGAAAAGAAAGCACAUGCUCAGAUGUGUUCCCAAAGCCAGAUGAGACAGCCAUCAUCAUGUACACCUCUGGUUCAACUGGUGCUCCUAAGGGAGUUGUCAUGUCGCAUUACAAUGUGGUUAACUCAGUCAUUAGUUAUGCUGUGGGUUUUGACAUUGCCGAUGAUGAUGUUUACUUGGCAUAUCUUCCACUUGCACAUAUCCUUGAACUUAUGGCUGAGUCCAUGAUGAUGAUGUUUGGAAUACGUAUGGGGUACUCCACACCUCUUACAAUGACUGACAGAUCCAGCAAAAUCAAGCGUGGCUGCUUGGGUGACUGUUCUGUUCUCAAGCCAACUAUGAUGGCCUCUGUACCUCUAAUCCUUGAUCGCAUCUACAAAGGCAUCCUAGAAAAGGUAGCAUCUCAGGGAACGUGGCUUACAAAGCUCUUUAACUUUGGCUUGGAGUACAAAAUGAACUGGAUGAAGCGCGGAUGGGACACCCCAAUUUGCAAUUGGAGAGGUUCCUUGAUGCUGGUGAGGGACUUCUCUGUGGCCUCACAGGAGAGGUUCCUUGUGCUGGUGAGGGACUCUUCAUCUGUGGCCUCAUGGGAGGUUCUUGAUGCUGUGAGGGGCUCUUCAUCUGAGGCCUCACAGAAUAGGUUCCUUGAUGCUGGUGAGGGGCUCUUCAUCUGGCCUCACAGGUUCCUUGAGUGGUGA